CCAUGCUGUUAUAAAGAGGUUUUACUGUAUAUAAAAGAGCCUAGUGUGGAACGACCGAGGGCAAAAUUGACAUUUAGUUCAUUUAGUGCAGGGGUAAAAGAGUAAUUAUACAUGAAUGAAUUUUAUCAAAUAUUUCCCUUCCUUUCUAGAUUGUUUUCUUUGUCUUUCUCUUUCCUCUCACUUGCAGAUCAAGAGAGAAGAAGAUGACUCAACAAUUGCUAAGGCCUAAAAGGCAAAGGAAUAGGCCAAGGCUAACUAAAGGAAAUUGCACUGGAAGAAAGAUUCAAUGGAUCAAAGAUCUCACCUGUAGUUCCAAGAGAACUUCAGAGUCGUGGAAGUGAAGGACUCUAGAUGAGGAGGGCUUCCAAGGGAAAGUCGGUAGCUCAGGACGUAGUUCGGGGAAGAAGAAUACCUGCUCCAUCGAGGCCACCUAGACGCAGGGAGGCUGGAAGUUUUCUCGUUGUGUAUUCGGGGGUUGGGUCUCGGGUUCGAACUCGUCAUAUCAUGGGGACCGUCGGGAAAUGCCUUCGGGCGAAGCUCCGCCAACAAUUGUGCUCGAUGAGGAAGAUUUACCGGGAUUGGAUAUCCCCGGUUCAUCCGCCUCUGAUGUAAGUCACGGGGAUAUCUAAUUGGUAUCACACAUCAUUGCCGCAUCCCGUAGAUAGGCUCGAAGAUCUCAUCCUCUAACUUGUUAGGUUGAUUAAGGGUAUAGCUGUCUUAGUUUUGUUUUCCAAUUACUGGCCAUAUAGUAGGGUUUCUUCUGCUUUUCCUGAUGUAUUGAUGUAUCCGACAUAGUCGGAAUUUUGUGGAAUGGAAAAAAUCUUUAAUGGGAUUUCACAAAUUGGUUGUUAUUGGACUUCAUUGAGCAUUUCAUGUGUAUUGUUUGUACCCAAACCUUUGUAUAUGCGCUUGCUAUAUUCGAUCAAUAAUCACUUACUUCAUAAUCCGUAAAAAUUCAAAAUAUUUUGCUGUCGGCCACCAUAGUCGAACAUCUUAUUAUUAAACUCGGCCAUGGCUUGUUCGAAACCACAUCACUUGCGACCUAUUUGGAAGUUUUACUCGAUCAUAGAGGUGUUCGUACGAGGUCCCGAUCUAGGUCUCUUCGGAAGGUUGACCCGUUUAAGCACGAUCUGUCCGUUGAGUGGACGUUCCGUUUCCUUCUCGCAUAUGCUUCCCAUGAUUUGAUAGGAUCAAGGUCACAUCCGUCACAUCCGUCUGACAUCGACACAUGUCGAGGCCCUGUUAGCUCUGAAGACGGUUGCAGAAGGCAAACCGUCUCGGUCCCACUCUAUAAAAGCAAGUUUUCCCUUUUUAUUUUUCACUUUUCAACUUUUACCAAAAGGAAUUUUACCUUCGUGUGCCUUGGAUACGUUGAUCUUCAUAUCUUCAAACCUUCAUACCUUCAUAUCUUCAUAUGUUCAUAUCAGUCUCCUACUCAAUCUUCAAACCUUCAUUCAAAACCUUUUUAUCUUCAUAAUUUCGAAAUGACGAGCAAAUCAUCAAAGGCUAAAGUUGGUGAGAUCUCUUCGGCUCCUAAACCAGAGCCACUGCUGACUGACUUUAUUCCUCAAGACUGUUCGACCAUCCGGGACUUCAAGGUCGGGAAGCCUUCUCAACAGGGGGAUCGAGGUGUCAAAAUAUUGGCCUAUUUGUGCACGAUACCCCGAAUAAACUCGAGCAGGUCAAAGAAGAUUGCAGGUGGAAAGGUAAAGAGGUCGUUAUCCCUGACCAGGACGAAGCCAUAACAACCUACAUGGAAGGCUAUUUAAGUGUUUAUACCUACCCUUUCACAUUCAACACACUCGAUCCUGUGGUGGUCGAUUUCUGCAAACGGAACGAGAUUACCCUCGGCUAAAUUCACCCGUCAUUUUGGAGGAUCGUUGUGCUCCUCCGUUAUUUUACUUCAAACGUAAACAUUCCAUUCACGGUGCACCAUCUACUCCGGCUAUAUAGCCCCCGUGUCUUCCGAGGGGAAAUGAUUAAAACUCUCAAAACGAGCCAAAUAAGCGCCUUUCUCUGGUCUGGACGAAGAUAGAGACCGAGGUUGGCAGGGCAGGUAUGUCCGAGUCAGGACAGCGAAUCUGAUUCCCGCUGAAAAAUUAUCGUUUCCCGAUAGAUGAAACCCAAACCGUAAGUAAUUUUAUAUCGGUACGAUACGGCCAUGUGCCUGCACCUAUACUGAACCUUUUAUUUGCUCGUGUAUAUACAGCGCUUACCCGAACCCUCGGUGCGGUUCCUAACUUUGACCAGUGGAUCGAAAAAAUCUGUUCCCAACUUACUUAUGCCGAUCGUACCUGGAGACGUUUGUCCCGGUCCCGUUGGGAGGCCGAAACCCACGGUAAGUCCUUCCCUUAGAACGUCGUCCCUUCUUCUCUACGUAAUACGCCACGUUAGAUAUGUAAGGACUGUUCUUCUUUUUGUUUCACAGGUUUAUCAAAGGCCACCAGAAUUCGGGGCCAGGAAACUGCCAAGGCCUCAGCUGACGAGCAAGAUAUUGAAGCUCCUAAUCAGGGAGACCAAGCUGAAAGGAGGAAAAUAAGAUCCUCCGAAUCUUCUCGAGCUCCUUCCCAAGCCAGGAAAAGAUCGAGGAUCGUUAUCCAAGAGACUCAUCGGAAGAUGUCUCGGCCCGUGCUUUGGACACUGAGGUUGUUGUUCAACUAUUGGACCAUUCUGAUGAUGAUGAUCAGGUAUUGGGUGGGCAUCGUCUGAUUUACGAGCUCCUCGAGCAUGAUUUGACCGGUUCUGUUGCAAUCACUCUACCAUUGAUUGAAAGCUCAAGUCAAAUUCCGGAUGGAUCGAGGGGCAUCUCGAGGCCGACGGACGCAGGGAGCAUCGGGUCGAAGGUCGGGGCAUCCAAGCACACUCCUACUCGAAGUAUUGAAAAACUGUCAGCCACAGCCGCUGGAUCGAAGGCAGCUUCCUCGGUAUCCGGCCCAAAGGUACCUAACGUUCCGCCUUUGUACGGUAUUGGUUCCGUCCUUCCGAUACAAGUUGUGGCCUCAUCUGAAACAAUAAUUUGCAUACAGGAUUCUCUGCCGCCAUUAGUGAAUAUUCCUGCCGAUGUUAAAAAAGCCAAAAGCAAGAUGACCGAGGAAAGGGUAGCCGGUCAUGAGGGCUAUGAAAUACCUGCUCCGGGUAUGUCGGGUUUUGAGCAUUUGUCCAUCCUCGUGGCCGAUCGUUUCGGGGUUAAUUUCGAUCCUAGGUUGGAGAAAUUAUUUCCUGCCCCUAGUACCGACCCGAAUCGAAAGAGGCUAAUAACUUUCAAGGUGCCGGCCGACAUGAACAUGCUAUCGGGGCCGGUCGGGGUGGCCAGCUAUUUAUACCCUCUGGUGUCCUAGGAAGACCGUCGAAAAAUGGAUGAAGUCAGCGAAUCGUGCCUUGUCAACGAGGCCCAACAGGCAUUGAACCGGGCCUUCGUGCUUUGUCAUGCCAGCUUUCACCGGCUCAGGCAUGAAGUGGGCCGGCUCAAGGAGGAGCUUAAAAGCAAAAGUCAGGAGGUGGACGAGCUCAUGGAUCUGUACGAGCAGAAAUUGCUAUACAUCUCGUUUCUCCCUGACCUUUCUAUCCUGAAGUCGGACUUAACAGCGGCUCGAAACAAAGCUGCCGAGGCUAAGCGGGAGCGUGAUCAGUUGGCAGAGAAGGCCCGGGCUUAUGUUAGCCAGAUCGACCAACUUCGGGCAGAGCUGGAUGGGAUCAAGCCCGAGCUUAAUGUCCUCCAAGAAAUGACCAUCGGCGCUGUGGCCAAAUGUGAUAUUCUCAGGGAGCAGGUUCGGGCGUCGGUGGAACAAAUGAACGGCCUUAGCUCAUCACUUGUUGCGGCUGAAGCUGAACUGGAUCGAUUGAACCGGGUCAUCACCGAUCUGCAAGCUGAAUAUGGAAAGGCUCUUGACCAGAUCUCGGGUUAUGAUGAUAUGUUAGAGCAGUAUAAGGCCGAUGUGACUGCUGCCGAAAAGGCCAGUAAUCUUCGAGCCGAGUACGAGCGGUGCUUAUCCCGAAGGAAAACCCUCAAAGAAGUUCAAUCCACUGGAGUGGACUUAUCAGAUCUGAUCGAGGAAGCCAAGACGCUUGAAAUGGAAGCAAAGGUUGCGUUCGACCCCGAGGAUUCGAAUAUCGACCUCGAGUCAGCCGGUGAAGAGGCCGAGGGGUCGGGUGAAGAUUAGGUUCAGGGCCUUACGUCCCUUCUUUUGUUUUUACCUUUUGUUUUGAGGCCACUAGUCCGAGCCUUUUUAAAUCUACUUAUAUGUAUGUAUGAAUGAAAAGAAAAAUUUGUAUUCGAUCUCAUUCAUCGCCUUUUGUUGCCCUUUGUAAAGUAUUCCUCGGUUCAAUGUUUGUUCGAUUA